UUCCCUCAUAUAUGAAUGUGCAUAAAUGCAUAAGAGUUAAACCUUUGCUUGCACCUGUAGCUGUGUAAAGUUUAGCCGGUAAUCAUAUUGCAUGCUAAAUAUUUACAGGUGCAAUGAAUGGACAGGUUUAUCUGAUGUUUGGUCCAGUUUUCUUAACCCUCCUGGUGAUGACUGUGCCGGUUGUUCAGAGCGGGAAUGUUCUUGUCUAUCCUGUGGACGGCAGUCAUUGGGUCAAUAUGAAAAUCUUGAUUGAGGCUCUUCACUCCAAAGGUCACAAUAUUACAGUCAUCCGGAUGUCAGACAGUUGGUACAUCAAAGAAUCUUCACCUCUCUACACAUCCAUCACUGUGAAUGCUGCUGGAGGAUUUGAUGAAGAAUUCCUACAGGGGUUUAUAUCAAAUAUGCUAAACAUUUUGAGGGACGGCUCCACUUGGGCUCGCCUGAAACUGGAGAUAGAGUCGUGGCAAGGUUUUCUAAAGAUGAAUAAAGCAGAAUCUGAACUAAUAGUUAACAUGCUUGAAGACCAGCAGCUAAUACAGUCCCUAAAAGAGAGCAAAUAUGAUUUGAUGCUUACAGAUCCAGCCAUGUUUGGAGGUGUAAUACUGGGUCAUUAUCUUAAACUGCCCAUUGUCUACAAUGUCCGUUGGGCGGUGUACAGUGAGGGUCACUUUGCAAUAGCCCCUUCACCACUUUCUUAUGUACCUUCACCAAUGACUGAGUUAUCAGACCGCAUGAGUUUCUUUGAAAGAGUGAAAAAUAUUUUGAUGUACAUUAUCACUGAAACACAGAUCGUUCUUAUGAUCGCUCCAAAUUUUAACGAAAUAAGUGAACGCUUUAUUGGCCCAGGAACAUCCUACUUUACUUUAAUUCAAGGUGCUGAUCUGUGGCUCCACAGGGUUGAUUUUAUUUUUGAAUUUCCAAGGCCCACUAUGCCAAACAUCGUCUACAUGGGAGGCUUUCAGUGCAAGCCAUCAAAGCCUCUUCCGCAAGAUCUUGAGGACUUUGUGCAGAGCUCUGGUGAUCAUGGUGUCAUCGUCAUGUCUCUGGGAACUCUCAUUGCUCAACUUCCUGAUGAUGUGGCAGAGGCCAUUGCUGAAGCUUUUGCUGAACUUCCACAGAAGAUCAUCUGGAGGUACAAAGGAAGAAAACCAUCUGCAAUGGGAAACAACACCUUGAUAAUGGACUGGAUACCUCAGAAUGAUCUUCUGGGUCAUCCUAAAACAAGAAUCUUUGUGGCUCAUGGUGGAACCAAUGGUAUCCAAGAAGCCAUCUACCAUGGGGUACCAAUCAUUGGAUUUGGACUCAUCUUUGAUCAGCCUAAUAAUCUUUCAAAGAUGAGAGUGAAGGGUGUAGCCAAGACCGUAGACUUUGCCACAGUGGAUAAAGACUCCUUCUUAGAAACUGUCAAGGAGGUUCUUUAUAAUCCCAGUUAUCGGGAGAACAUGCAGAGACUCUCGAGACUUCACAGAGACGUUCCAGUGAAGCCUCUGGACAGCGCCAUCUUCUGGAUUGAGUUUGUCAUGAGGCACAAAGGUGCAGCUCAUUUACGCACAGAGUCGUACAAAAUGCCCUGGUACUCGUAUCACUCUGUUGACGUCAUGUUGUUCCUGCUGUCUGCUGUGUCACUCAUAUUGCUGACCACAUAUGUGCUUAUCAGAUAUUUAUGCUGCAGAAUAUGUAGGAGAAAAAACAAACUGGAAUGAUUUUUUAUUUAGUAAAAUUUUUUGUUUGUUUUACAGUACUACAUACAGGUGCUGGUCAUAUAAUUAGAAUAUCAUUAAAAAGUUGAUUUAUUUAAUAUAUUAUAUUAAUUCAUUACGUGCAUACUAGGGGUGGAACGGUACACAGAAGUCCCGGUUCAGUUAAAUUUCGGUACAAUGGAGGGAAAAGCAAAACAAAAAUGAAGAAGGCAAAUUUUUUUAUUACUUAAGAUAAUCUUAAAAACAUAUGUGUCCUUAUCUGUGUUAUUUUGAGAUGUCAUGAAUAUGAACUGAAAGGCAUUUAACAUACUAUCUCGUAUAACAAAAAUUUAUAAACUUGUACUAAUCUUUCAUACAAAGAUGGGUUUUAAAUGUAUUACAAGUUACCUAAAUAAAUUUUUAAAUGAAAUUUUAGCACAUUUAUUUCAUAUUAAUGUACUAAAGAACAAAACAAAUGUAGGCUUGUAGGAUGCAUUAAUAGGUGUGUACGACUUCAUGAGGCGCUGCAAGAAACGACAAGUGGAUGAAAUCAGAGUAACGCGAGAGCGAUAUGAAAUCAGCCUCCUCCGCAAGAUUUCUCGCGGUACUCUGACGCUGAUGGCGCUGCGUAAAGUUGAGCACACUUAAAAAACUGAAAUCAGCUGAACUCGACAGAACUGCCCUGCGUAUGCCUGUGCUUCGUCUAUUAAUUGUAUAUAAGCAGGACAAUUUAUCACCUACUUCUCAGCGUGAGAAAUACAAGGUGUGGCGUGUGAGCGUGUGAACUGACUGAAAUGCGUGUGUCUCAUGGUGAAUGCGUGAGAUGUACUUCCACUCACAUACCCAACAACUGCUGAAAACGCCGACACACAGUCCUCGUCUUUUCCACCACUCUCUCGCCUGUACUACUGUAACUGACUAUAAAAGUGAAGUUUUCUCAAACUUGCGAUCUUAAAGAGGCCGGCGGAUCCUCACCACCAUUUCCCAUACUCGCUGUCGCUGCUAUCUCACUCACUCACUAGACCGUCAACCUGACAAAAAAAAUGCAGAGUGCCAGAGAAUGUAGACGGGCUAUGAUAGAGCGCAUACAUAGCCACGCUACGCCUGUCAUUUACACUAUGGCAGCGUUUUCGACCCUCAUAAACGGAGUAGUUCGUAAACGCUGAAGACCCUGUUUUAGUUUGAGAACUCCGGGGUUACACUGCAGUGUAAAGGAACGUAGACUGAGUUUUAUAUAAACGAACAGCUGAUGUUAACGUGACAGCGCAUCAUUUUCAAAGUAAAAAUUAUUUUUAUUCAGGUAAAUGGAGGUUUGCAACGGAGGUUUUGCCAAAAAUAGUAAACAUCUACCAACCAGCUAUUAUAAACGUUUUGUUUUAACAUGUAUCCUUAGAUAAUGUCUGUUUAUAAAGUUGUUUAUGUUUUGUUUAAAUUUAGUUAGCUUAUUACGAAAGAUAGACUGUAAUUUUAAACGCCAUAUAGGGCGUUGUAAAGGCCAAUAUGAAGGGAGAAUUGUAAUGGGUCAGACAUUAUUUUCGAGUUUAAUUUAAGUUUUGUUUGCUACUUUAAAAUUAAUUUCAUUUUAUAUAAUUUGUCUCUUAAUUUUAAUCAAUGUUUUGUUGAUAAGUUUUGUGAAUAUGAAUUAAUAAAAACAAUAAAAUCAA